GCGCUCGGUGCCGGCUCCGCGCGCCCAGCCCGAGUCCGCUGCGCCCGGCCGCCGUCUGGUCAUGUCAGGAUGGAGAUCCGGCAGCACGAGUGGCUCUCGGCCUCCCCCCACGAGGGCUUCGAGCAGAUGAGGCUCAAGAGCCGCCCCAAAGAGCCCUCGCCGAGCCUGACCCGAGUGGGCGCGAACUUCUACAGCAGCGUCAAGCAGCAGGACUACAGCGCCAGCGUCUGGCUCCGGAGGAAAGACAAGCUGGAGCACGAUGAAGUCCUUCCCUGGAAGCUCGCGGUCCUCACGUCCCAGCCCUCAACCCUUCUCCAGUACUACGAGGUCUGUGGGGUCUGCCUGGGUUCCACCCUCAAGCCCCAUCUUGGCUCUGCCUGGGAAGUUUAUCCUCUUCUUUGAAGUUGAAUUUUCCUGGGUGACAAGUGCGGCUGGCUCAUUAAGACAUGCUGGUUGCAGAGAGUGAGAAAGACGGCUUCUCAGCAGACUGGUUGGUGUGCGGACUUGGAAGUGCUUGGCUGUAAAACUGUGAGAGAUUGCCACGCCCGUCACCUCGUCCUUCAUCUCUAGGUCUGAGGAGGCCAUUUGCCACUCAGCUUAGAUGGUAGGUCUCCCUUUCUCUGGUCCAUUAUAGGGAAUCGGGAUCUAGAGAUGAUGUCCCAGAACCUUUCUAUGGUAUCUAUGGAAUACAAUAAAAUCACAAACGUAUUAAGAAAAUGUUCCCUUCAUAGCCUCCCUUAGAAAUGCAUCUUUAUUUAGAAAGUUCCUCCCGGCAUCUAAUUAAAUCUUCUCGUUACAA